AAGACCCCGCAGUGAAGGCGGGCCAGCCGAUCUCCAGAGGCGGCGGCUCCACGUCCGACACCUCGGGGAAAUACGUAACGGACGAGCAGUCCAUGGAGCUGCCGAGAGACUGCUCCAGCGCCGGGUCCUCGCCGAGGAACGACACGCACCGCGGGGCCGUGGCGUCGCCGAGGAUCCGCUGGAUCUCCUCGUCCGACAGGAAGUUGGCAAUGUCCUCUUUCCUGAGGAAAUCCAGGAAGUUGUCGACCCCGCCGGACAGCAGCUCCUCCAACGCCAGCCGGUGUCUCUCAUUGUACGCCUCUUGGAUGUUACACCGUCCUCUGUGUGUUGAGCUCGCCCCGAGCGGCGAGUCUUCCAAGCACUGAGACAGCGCCAUUGCUUCCGCCCUCUUGAGAGCUUCGAACCCCAAAAGCGUCUAACCGUCCCGCGGGUGGAGGCUUUUUCACCUGCAGGUACACAGAAAGGACCUGCGAUCGGACAUUGACUUGCGUUCACCAGGCUGCACGUUUGGAGUCUGGCGAGUCUGCCGCCGCAACGCCUGCAUCACGAUGUUACGCACUUGUCCCCCCCGGGAGCUUUUCCAGCCGGACGGCGGUCCUACGGCGGCAGACGGCAUGAAGCAACACCGUGGCUGAUCCAUGACACUAAACUCCGCUCGCCCUCUGCUCUCAUCAAACCGGACAAUCAAUCACCGUCUCACCCCCCAUCUCCACAAAGCCGCACCAUGGCCAGCAAGAGGAAAUCCACCGUGCCCUGCAUGAUACCGUCCAAAUCCAAACAUGUGCGCGAGGAAAUCAUACUGGGCUCGCUGCCAGAACUCCUACCAACAAUCCCGGAAGACGGCAUACUCAGCAUCUCUGGAGUGGAGUCUGGCCACGUCUCUCGCAGCUCAUCCAAAUCUGAAUGCGGCAGCGAGGUGCAGAAAGGAGGAACAUACAGCUGCCCGCCCUGCGCGUUCGAGUCCAGAGAUUUGAACUACUUUUUGGACCACAUGCACAACUGCCACUUGGACUUCAGGGCCCAGCCCACCUUCUACUGCCUGAACUGCGGGGUCUCUGUGGUCCGCUUCGAGGCGCUGGCUCUGCACAACGCCAACACUCAUCCCAAGAUCAUGGAGGGCUUGAUGACCGCCUCGCUGAGCGUCAACAAGAGGGAUGGCGUCACGGCGGUGGAGCAGAGCCUCUUCACAGACAACGAAGACGACUGCAGAGAAUCCGGAAUCUCCCUCAGCAAAACCCCCAUCGCAAAGAUGAUGAAAGCCAAGGGAGAGCACAAAAAGAUUGUAGUGUCUCACACGGUGGAAGUUUUGAGGAAAGCCAGCGGGAAGGAGGCGGAGCCCAACAUGCUGACAAAUGUGCCUGAACUCCAAAACGGGGCUCUCAGUAUUUCUGGUGCCCAAGCUAUGCCGAGGUCAACUGUUAGUCACAUGAUUGCGACGACAGUGUCCAACCCAGUCUUUCACCAGCACACUCCCUCCCUGUACUCCCCCCCCUCCUGCGAUUCCAAUAAAGACCUUCCAAAGGUGAUGAUCCCCCUCAGCAGCAUCCCCACCUACGAUGCCGCCAUGGACACCAGCAGCUUUCUUAAGACAUCCUUUGGCAAGUUCCCCUACCCGACCAAAGCCGAGCUCUGCUACCUGACGGUGGUGUCAGAGUUCCCCGAAGAGCAAAUCAAACUGUGGUUUACCGCCCAAAGACUCAAGCAGGGCAUAAGCUGGUCUCCGGAGGAAAUCGAAGAGGCCAGGAGGAAGAUGUUCAACACCGUGUUCCAGGGCGGAGCGCCGCAGAAGCAAGCCGCCCCGCUGCGUCAUGUCAAUCACAUUGUUACUCACCACACCGUCACAGCUCCUCCGGGUUCCAAAGGACCAAACUUUAACAUGGCCAAAGUCCCCUAUGGCGCUGGCAAAACCAGACCCGUUGGAGUCGUAGCCAAGCAGCCCAAAAUGUCAACCAAUCCUCAUGUCACGAGGGUCUCGUAUUCCGCCCCGAUUCUGCCCCAGAAGGUUGCGUCUGUGCUCAGAACAACGCAGGUACUGACCAAGAGUAUUCCGCUCACCGCGGACCCCGACAAGAGCGACGGCCUCGGAGUGGAUGUGGCGGGUGGCGGAGGCAAUCGCAGCAGCAGUAGCAGCAGCACUUGCAGCAGUAGCAGCAGCAUCACCAGCUAUUCGGGCAGCAGUAACGGUGGCGAGAACGUCUCCAGGAAAACGGUGAAUAGCGCCAUCCCGACCAACGGCGUCAACAGCUUCGCCGCUAGCUGCGCCAACAUCAGCAAUAACGAUUUGCACUGCGUUGCUGCCGCUAGCGACAAGCGCGACGAUGUACCGACAGGACCGGAAGAGCGUCACGUCGCCGUGAACCACACCAGCAAUGUAAAUGUCUCCUGCAACGACCACAACAGCGGCGGCGAGCAGGCUGACGCCUCCGGGAAGGACGAGCAGCUCCACAUGAGCGACAGCAGUAUUACGGCAGAAACCCCCGCCUCGAAAGACAGUGUUCCCCGCCUGAACCACGGCAGCACUUCCCCGACUCAAAGCACCAGCACCAGCACCACCGUCAUCACAAAAAGUUGUUCAUCUGUGAUGGAUCAGGGCAAACGCAACAAGGAGUUCAGCAUAAAAGGCAUGUCAAUCUUGCAGCAGCUCAUCAAGGAGGACGACCUUUUUGCUGGAGACAGAAGCUGCUCCGAGCUGAAGAUUGAACCCAUCAAGAUCAACUUCAAGAGGCUGAAAAUGAAUGAAAGCGAGAGCACAUCUGAGAUUGCACAUCAAGAACACAAGUCGGAGAUAGCCGAAGGGUCCUUCUCGCCCCCCUGGGCCAACAAGAACCCCCAGCAGCUGCGCAUCCUUCGGCAGGCUUUCUCCGGCACGCGCUGGCCCAACAGCCAGCAGUACGAGGACUUGAGCAACCAGACGGGCCUCCCCAAGUCCGAGGUGGUACGCUGGUUCAGCGACAGCCGGCACAGCCACAAGAACGGACAGCUCAAGUGGCUGGAGACCUACCUGCGGCCCCCCGUGGAGGCGGAGGACGCGAGGGGCCACGGGGACGCUGACGCCAGAUCGCCGGCCGCCAAAAAGAAACUUCUUGAACGAGACGUGAACAAAGCCCUGGACGGAGAAGCGGGACUGAACGCUGGCCAGCGGGUUCUCUGGCAGGGUUCAAACUCGCCGCUGCGGGGUCUGAUGGGGUCUGAGGGGAGCGGCGAGAUAAUCAAAGCCGAGACCUCCGCGCAGCCGGGGGUCUUGAAGGACCCCUGGCCGGACCGAGUAGAGGACCACCAGCGGCUGCCCGCCAGCCAGCCCCUCAUCGAACAACCCAGCGAUGCCAACAAGACCAGGGACCGCCUGAGGAUGGAGCUGCUGGAGGUGUGAUGAAACCCACCCAAACACGUACGAGGCCGCUUCGCUCCCUGGCCGGGCUGGGAAAAAAAACAAAAACAACAAGAAAAAAAAAAAAAAAGAGUGUUUGUCAUGACAGCAAAUGUGAUUGUAGCUGGACCGUAAGACUCUGACUGUAACUGUGAAUACCCCCCCCCCUCUCCCACCCCCUAUUCUUCCUCUUCCUCCUCCAUCUGCCAUCACUUCCUCCCAUCGUCUGAAGAAAGAACUUGUCACCUUCUUGAGUCCUGUGAUGUUUCAGCCUUUCAUGCUUCUUCGUGGUCGUGUGGAGAGGGUGCACAAUGAGGUCAGUAUGAGGGAUCAAAGACAAGAACGAGAAGACGCACACUGACUGGAAAAGUGACUUGAAUGAACGCAAAUAGGAUAGGAUGAGGCCGAGAGAUAAUGUCUUGGGGUCAGCGUGAGAAAUAAAUCUCUAUACAGUGUGUGUGUAUGUAUAUAUAUAUAUAUAUAUAUACAUACACACACAUAUAAAUAUAUAUAUGAUGAAAACUGCACUAUAAAGGGGGUUUGUACUGACUGAAUGGACAAAAGAUGUGUCAAAAGAAAUGUUAUUGUUGGCUUUGUGAUAUUUUUUACUUUUUUAGCAACCAGUACUUCAGCACUGCCUUGAAUUUGACUUUUUUUUUUUCUUCGCUUUUUCCAAUUCUAUUUACUCUUCUAUAGUCACUGUAAGUCCAGAUGCAAUCAAACAUGUUUUCUUUAGACCUGUAUCAAUGUUGGUGAUCACUUUGUGGUUGGGCUACACGCAAACUAGACUACGUUCAAUGCACUAAUGAAGACAGCGACGCUGAAAAUCACACGGCCCCGCUGCAAAGGUAUUGACAUCUUUGCGGCGGAUCGAAACACUACAACGCCCUGCAAACGAAACAGAGACAAGCCUGUCACGCUAACGUUGCCUUACUCAGCUCUGUCCAUUUGUUUAUAUGACCUGUCUGUCCGUCAUCUCGCUUUCCAGCUACUGUGCUGUCCGUAAAGUUACGCACACACACACACACACACAUCCAGACACAAAAAAUAAGCCAGUGCAUCAAGGAUUGCUGUUGGUCUGUAUCUGUGAAAAAUCUUGUGCUGCUUUGUGUACACUUGGAGAUGUUUCGUUUGAGCUGUAACUGUAACAUGGUAUCAAAUAUCGUGACCGGCCAAGCAAAAUUAUGAAUUGGAUCCUUUCGAUGCUGACAGAGUGAGAUGUCCUUGGAGCUAGAGAGCCAAAUAAGGAGAAAUUCUCUGGAUUUUCUACAAAAGCUAACCGUCACUACAUGGAUAUCCUAUGAAGCUGCAUCCUUGUCAAGCUGCUAAUAGCUAAGAACGGUGCUAUACCAUCCAAAGUGAAAUUGGAGGUUCAUCUCCUACCAGCAGUGUAUGCACUCGUGUCGAAUGUUACACAUUUCUUUUGCUUUGAGAUCAAUGGAAUCUGGACUUACGGUGGAAUGAUCACUUACGAGGAAAAAAAAAAAAAAAAGAAAACAAACAUUUUAUGAAAUAGCCUGAUCAUAAAGCACUGUUGUAUCAUCCUUUCUACACUUUCUCUGAAUCUUUACAGAAUAAAGCGAAUACUCACCACGCA